AUGCCACCAUUAAAAUUGAACAUGGAUAUUACAGUUCUUCCUCCAGAUGUGUUAUCAUUAUAUGAUGAACCUUUCUAUGAAUUAGUUCGUAAAUUAGCUGGUUCUGUCGAAGCUAAAUUACUUCAAGUACAAGGUGUUCGUGGUGCCUAUUCAUUGAUACAUAUCGAAGAUGUUUUUGAUAUAUUAAAAUAUAAAUGUAAAGAAUUGGAUGAAAUUAAAAAAAAUGCUUGUCUGGUAUUGGAGGAUAAUCAAUAUAUUGUUAAACCUGGGUGUAAAAGUAAUUUACGAUACUUUACUCAAUUACUCAUUUUAAAAAAUCAAGAACACUUGAAAACAAUUGGAGUUCGAAUAAAAUCAAAGCAUACAUUAAAUGAUGUUGAUAAUAAUAAUACAUCUACAUCACAAUUAUCAGCACAAGUUCUUCCUGUUUCUUCACCAACAUCACAAAAUACAACAGCAUCACAAGAUACAACAACAUCACAAGAUACAACAACAUCACAAAAUACAACAGCACCACAAAAUACAAUAACAACAACAACAUCGCAAAUGAAUGAAUCGAAACAUCGUGCUUUUCUUACUGCAUCUUUGGAUGAGUGGUUUAUUAAAAAUACGUCAACAUAUAAUUUUUCUAACGAGAAAUUUGUUGAAGGUAAAGAUUAUAAGCUAACCUUAAUGCUUACUCAAACGUCCGAAGAAGCAAUUAUAUCUUGUGCCUGUGGCACACGAAUCAACUUAUCAAAAGAACGAAUACAUUUUUCAUUAAGCAACUAUUAUAAACACAUUAAAACAUCAAAAUGUACGGUGGCGAAGAACAAACGAAAAAUCAUCUCACACAACUCGAAUAAUGAAGAUAUUGUAUCAACUCAACAACAAACAUUAGAUGAUGACGUUGUAGACAUUUCUACAACACCAAAACCAAAUAUUGAUAAUAACAACAAACAACCUAAUUCUUCAUCUAGGAAACGCAUAAAAUCUGGUUCUCUUGAUGAAUCAUCGAAAAAGACUCAAAAACGUUAA